GACCUUUGCUCCUUUGUCCAAUAUGUUGGCCUUGUUCAUGUUUCAACGGCAGACCCGUCUUAAGGUAAUACCCUUUGCUUCUUUCAUGAUUAUAAAAGAGGCCAGCCUCUCGCCACACCCCAUCCUCCGCAUUUUCCUCCUCCUGUACGCUCUCUCACAAGCUUCGCACGAGCAGCGAUGGGCAGAGACCAAUUUCUCUACUUCGAAGUCUCACUGGAUGUCUUCUUCGAUAAUUUCAUCAGCAGCAAGCUUCCCGCUAGGUGCUCCAAGCCAUUCGUUAAGAGUGUGGCCUCAGGGCGUGGCACCAAAAGGCGUGCGAAUGCGAUGCUGACGAAACCUCAUGUUUUGUGCGAUGCACUCAAUAUGGUGCUUGGCGGUUCUCCGUGUCGUUUCGAAGUCGUUCCAGAGGCAUGCGACGCAGAGACCUUCACUCCGGCUGUUGCAUGUUUCACGAAGCCGGAGACAGUAACAGCGAAGAACUGCUGGGCAUGGAUGGUCUCCCCGGUCGAGGUGGUCACAAACAAGCCCACGGCGGCAUUCCAUCUUGCUCCUCCCGAAAGCGUCGGUAAAAGGACACGCAGAAAGAAGCAGCCAUUCCUGUUAGACACGGCUCCUGGAGAUCAAGCACGGCGGCAGCUCGAAGAGUGUAUCUCCGAGAUUCUCCUGCAUCAGCACCGGACGCAUAUCUUCAUGCUCCACGUCUCCCAGUCCGCGGCUCGUUUGUCUCGCUGGGACCGGACCGGUUGCAUCGUGUCUGAGCCCAUCGACCUGACUCGCAACCUCUACGAAUUGCAGAAUAUCGUGUUCCGGUUGGCUUACCUUUCGCCACUAGACCAGGGCUUCGAUGACCAAGUCAAGCUGGCCUCGCCUCAGCAGAUCAAGAGGCUUCGGAAGUAUGAGCCAGGGAAUGUAUACCUCGUGGAGCAUCGCGACAACAUUCUCGAUAACGCGGAUGAAUAUCCAAUUUACGAAAUCAGCUGUCCGGCUAUAAACCCUACCCUGGCCGACGACUUGACUAAACUGAGGGUGCUCUUCCCGAAUCUGGGAGGUAUGGGCGGCGAAGACUCCGACGAGGAUAGCGAAGCCGGGCUCCUCCGCGUCAACGUGCCCUUCCCACGCAAGAUGAAGAAGUACCUCAUCGGCCGCCCGGCCACCACCCGUCGCCCGCUCGCAGGACGCAGCACAGUGGGGUACGUCGUAUACGACCUCGCGGAAGACCGGAUGUCGUUCCUCAAGGACCAAUGGCGCUGGCUGGACGAGAUGCGGUCCGAGCUCGACACCCUCAAGUACAUCAGGGGACGUGGUGUCUUGGGCGUCGCACGACUCGAGGCUGGCAGCGAUAUCGAGCACCACCGGACCCGGUCGCAGCACUUGAUGCGCGGGCUUCCCUACAGCGACAAUGCGGUGGCUCGGGUCCACACACGUUUGGUCACCAGCAACGUGGGGCGUCCGCUGGGAACGGCCGCGACGAGUUCGGAGCUGCUGCGCUACGUUGCAUGUGCCCGAUACGCACAUGAAUGUGCGUGGAAGUACGCCGGCGUUCUUCAUCACGACAUCAGUGACGGCAACAUCCUGAUAGAUGUCGAGAGCGACGACGCGUUUAUGAAUGACUGGGACGUUGCUAUGUUCCGGGACUACAUCAAACGCAAACAUGAACGAGACGCCUUCUCCGGUACGUGGGCGUACGCUUCUGCCCUCGUUCUACAAUACCCCAAGAAGCCAAUCGAGGUUGAAGACGACAUCGAGGCUUUCGUCUGGCUCAUCGUCUACAUGGCAAUCCGAUAUUUCAAGCACAACCUGUCCGGGGCACCUGCGGAGAUGGUUGACCUCACGAACAAGCUCUUCUACGAAGAAGAGAUCAAUGAGCACGGGUACCGAGUCGGCGGCAAGACGAAGAUGAUCUACAUAAUGCGCGGCCAGCCACCCGUACAGCUGGAAAACCGCAGGUCUCCAAUCGCGCUCUUCCUCGAUCAGGCAUUUAAGCUUCUCCAAGAGGUGUACGCCAAGAUUGACUACAAGGCAAUUGCACACUGGAAGGGCUCUCCGCGCGGUCCGGGCAUUCCCCGGUACUUGUGCAAGAGUGUGCUGGACGGCGUGAGUCACGAAGUGCUGAACAAGAUGCUCCACACGGCGUGCAACUCCUGGAAGGAGCAGCUCCGAGCUGAGGCUUCCAGGCUAGCCAGAAAUCUUCCUGACAUGGUCCAAGCUCUAGCUAGUAUUGCCAUGAAUGAGUAA